GUGGUGCUGAAGUCUUAAAACACAAAAAGGUGGAUAAAUCCCUGGGAGCAGAUCAAGUGUACCCUAGAACUUUGUGAGAAGCUAAGGAAGUGAUUUCUGGACCCCUUGCCAAAUAUUUUGGCAUCAUCAAUAGCCAUGGGUGAGGUGCUGGAAGACUAGAGGUUGGUCAACGUGAUGCUGUUAUUUAAGAAAUGUAGAAAGGUAAAGCCAAAAAACUUAGACUGGUGGGCAAGUUGUUGGAGGAGGGUCUGAGGGACAGGAUUUAUGUUUAUUUGGAAAUGCAAGUGCUGAUCUAGGAAUAGUCAACAUGUCUUUGUGUAUGGGAAAUCAUGUCCCACUAACUUGAUUAAGUUGUUUGAAGACGUGAUGAAGAGGAUUGAAGGCACAGCAGUCAACGUCUGCAUGCUCAGUAAGGCAUUCAACAAGGUUCUGCAUGAAAGACUGCCUAACAGGGUUAGUUCAUACGGAAUACAGGGAGAACCAGCCAUUUGGAUACAAAAUUGGCUAGAAGGUAGGAACUAGGAUGUUGUGGAGGGUUGCUUUUUGGAUUGGAGGCCUGUGACCAGCAGUUUCCUGCAGGGAUUGGUGCUGGGUCUGAUUUUUUUUUUUGUUUUGUUAUUUGUAGAAGCUAUUUGGAUAUGAAUAUAGGAGGUAUGGUUAAUAACUUUGUAGAUCACACUAAAAUUGUUGCCAAGGAUAGCAAAUAAGGUUACCUUGGAGUCCAACAGGACCUUGGUCAGAUGGUCUGAGGAGUGACAGAUGGAGUUUAUUAGAUAAAUGUGAGAUGCUAUACUUUGGUAAGGAAAUCAGGCAAGAAUAAUACACUUAAAAGUAAGGUGUAGGGGAGUGUUGUCAAACAGACACCUUGAUAUGCAGGUUUGUAGUUCCUUGAAAGUCACUGGUAGACAGGUCAGUGAAGAAGACCUUUCGUAUGCCUGUCUUUAUUGGUCAGUGCAUUGAGCAAAAGAGUUGGGAGGUCAUGUUGUGGUGGUACAGGACAUUGGUUAGGCUACUGUUGGAAUGCUGUGUUUGAUCCUGGUCUCUCUGAUAAAGGAAAGAUGUUGUGAAACUUGGGUUCAGAAAACAUUUUUAAGGAUGUUGCCACAGUUGGUAGGUUUGAGCUGGAGGAAAAGGCUGAGAGGUGACCUUAUAGAGGUUUAUAAAGAUCAUGAGGGGCAUGGAUAGGGUGAAUAGUCAAGGCCUUUUCCCCAGCAUAGUGGAGUCAAAAACUAGAAGGUAUAGGUUUACGGUGAGAGGGGAAAGAUUUAAAGGGAACCUAAGAGGCAACUUUUUUGCGCAGUGCAUGUAUGGAAUCAGCUGCCAGAGGAAGUGUAGGAGGUUGCUACUGUUACAAAAAUUAAAAGACAUCUGGAUGGGAACAUGACUAGGAGGGGUUUAGAGGGAUAUGGGCCAAAUGCUGGCAAAUGGGACUAGAUUAAUUCAGCAUAUCUCGGCAGCAUAGAUGAAUUGGACUGAAGGGUCUAUUUCUGUGUUGUACAUCUUUGACUCUGUAACCAGGGGAACAUGACAUUUCUCCUGUAAGAAGCAGUGUGUUGACUGGUAGAGAUGUUACUAUGAACAAUACAUCAGUCCUUACGUUUGUUCUUUGCAAACAAUGUGGGCAUUGCUGUCUCGAGUGUCCCUGAUUGUCCUGUAGAAGGUGAUGGUGAGCUGCUUUCUUGAACCAUUGCAUUGUGUUGUAGAUACACCCACAGUGCUGUAAGGAAGACAAUUCCAGGAUUUUGUCCCAAUAACAGCAAAGGAUGAUGAGUAAGUUCCAACUAAGGAUACUGUGUGAUUUGCAGCAGCGGUACUGUGUAGCAUCUACAAGAUGCACCUAGACAACUCAUCCAGGCUUUUUAAACCUUACAAACCGAUGGCAGCGACCACCAAGGAGGACAAGGCAAGAAAAGAUCCCCUCUGAGUGACUCACCAUCCUGACUUGGAUGGUGGAUUGGAAAGAAAUCCCUAUCCCUACGCUAUUGCUGGGUCAAAAUCCUGUAACCCUCCUCUCAAACAGGUCGUGUGUGCCCUGACAACACACAAACUGGAGCAGUCCAAGAAUGCUGCUCACUAUCACCCUAUUACAGGCAACUUGUUGGGAGUUUUUUUACAGACCCCCUAAUAGUUGCAGAGAAGUGGAGGAGCAGAUUGGGAGGCAGAUACUGAAAAGGUGCAGAACUCACAGGGUUGUAGUCUGGGUGACUUCAACUUUCCAAAUAUUGAUUGGAAACAAUCUAGUUGUAGUAGUUUAGAUUUUGUCCAGUGCAUUCAGAAAGGAUUACUGACACAGUAUGUAAUAGACCAACAUGAGGAAAGGUGAUUUUCGAUUUGGUGCUUGGCAAUGAACCAGGCCAACUGUUAGACCUGUUGGUCGAAGAGCAUUUUGGCGUUAGCAAUCAUCACUGUUACUUUUACAAUAGUCACGGAAAAGGAUAGGUAUGUACAGCAGAGUAAGGUUUAUAAUUGGGGGAAGGGUAAUUACAAUUCUGUUAGGCGAGAACUGGGUAAAAAAAAUGGGAACAGAUGAUGUCAGGGAAGAGCUCUCUGAAAUGCGGAGAUUGUUUAAGGAAUGCAUACUGCGUGUGCUCAAUAUGUUUGUCCCGAGCAGGCAAGGAAGAUGCGGUUGAGUGAGGCAGCCUUGGUUCUUAAGAGAGGUUGAAUGACUAGGAUGCUUAUAUAAGGUUUAGGAAACAAGGCUUGGAAAAGACUCCAGAGGGAUACAAGUUAGCCAGAAAGGAUCUGAAGAAAGGGUGUAGGAGAGCAAUAAGGGGGCAUGAGAAAACCUUAACAGAUAGGAUCAAGGAAAACUCCAAGGCUUUUUACACAUUAGUGAGGAAUAAGAGAAUGAUCAGAGAAAGGGCAGGGCCAAUCAAGGAUUGUAAAGGGAAUUUGUGCACGGAGCCUAAAGCGAUACGAGAGGUCCUUAAUUAAUACUUUUCUUCAGGAUUCAUAACUGAGAGGGACCUAGUUGUAGAGGAGGCCAACGUGAAACAGGCUGGUAGGCUAGAGGAGAUCAAUGUUAGUUAGGAAGAUGUGCUAGGAAUUUUGAGGAACUUGAGGAUAUAUCAGUCCCCUGGACCUGAAUGGAAUUAAUCCAAUGAUUCUAUAGGAAGCGAGGGAAGAGAUCACAGUGCCUUUGACGUUGAUCUUUUCGUCCUCACUGUCCAUGGGUAUAGUGCUGGAAGAUUGGAGAGGGGCAAACGUCAUUCCCUUGUUCAAAAAAGGGAAUAGGGAUAACCCCAGAAAUUAUAGGCCAAUUAGUCUUACUUCAGUGGUGGGCAAAUUAUUGGUAAGGGUUCUGAGAGGUAGGAUUUAUGAUCACUUGGAAAGGCACAGUGGGCUUCGUGAUAGCAUGGAUUUGUGAGGGGUAGAUCAUGCCUCAAAAAAUUUAGUGAAUUCUUUGAAUAGGUGACCAAACACGUGGAUGAAGGUUGAGCGGUGGAUGUGGUAUACAUGGAUUUAAGUAAGGCAUUUUGAUCAGGUUCCCCAUGGUAGGCUCAUGCAGAAGGUAAGGAGGCAUUGGAUAGGGGGAAAUGUGGCUGAUUGGAUUCAGAAUUGGCUGACCUUUAGAAGACAAAGUGUGGGAGUGGACGGCAACUAUUCAACAUGGUGCUCAGUUACGAGUGGAGUACCACAAGGAUUUGUUCUGGGUCCUCUUCUAUUUGUGAUUUUUGUAAAUGAUUUGGAUGAAGGAGUGGAAAGGUGGAUUAGUAAGUUCGCAGAUGAUACAAAGGUGGUUUAAGUUGUGGACAGUGCAGCGGGCUGCUCUAGGUCACAAAGGGACAUUGAUAGGAUGCAGAGCUGGGCUGAGACGUGGCAGAUGGAGUUUAAUCCUGAAACGUAGGAGGCGAUUCAUUUUGGAAGGACAAACUUGAAAGCAGAAUACAGGGUUAAUGGAAAGAUUCUUGGCAGUGCGGAGGAGCAGAGGGAUCUUGGGGUUCAUGUUCUCAGUUCCCUGAAAGGUGCCACCCAGGUGGACAUAGUUAUUAAGAAGACAUACGGCAUGUUAGCUUUCAUUGAGUUCAACAGCCGUGAAGUUAUGCUCCAGCUGUAUAAAAGGUUCAGCCACAUCUGGAGUAUUGUGUCCAGUUCUGGUCACCUCAGUACAAGAAAGAUGUCGAAGCGUUGGAAAAGGUGCAGAGGAGAUUUACCAGGAUGUUGCCUGGACUGGAGGAAAGGUCUUAUGAGGAAAGGUUGAGAGAGCUAGGGCUUUUCUCUUUAGAAUGACGAAGGACGAGAGGUGACUUGAUAGAGGUGUACAAAAUGAUCAGAGGUAUAGAUAGAGUGGACAGCUAGAGACAUUUUUCCUAGGAUGGAGGUAGCUAUUGCGAAGGGUCAUAGCUUUAUGGAGUGGAGGUAGAUGUCAGAGGUAGGUUCUUCAAAGAGUGGUCGGGGUGUGGAAUGCAUUGCCGGAGAGGGUGGUGGAGUCGGUCUCAUUAGGGGCAUUUAAGUGGCUGCUAGAUAGGCAUAUGGAUGACAGUAUAAGGUAGGGGUGGAGAUUAGAGAGACUUUAAGAUUAGGGUAAAAGUUCAGCACAACAUCGUGGGCCGAAAGGCCUGUACUGUGCAGUACUGUUCUAUUUUCUAACUAAGAAUAAACAAUGAAUGCUUGCCCAGCAGUGAUGCCCACAUCCCAGAGAAGAGCAAGUUACCACGCUGAUUGCAUAAUUAUUGGCCGUAAUGUACCUGAGACCAUGGAAAACGCCAGGAAAUGAGCUUCAAUUGUUGAUAUCUCUGAGGUUGCUUUACAGGAACAGCUCCCCACAAAGUGAACUUUCCCAUUGAAGAGGGUCUACCUCGGUGGCGGAACCUUUCACUGGAGCCGUGCAGCAGCGGAGCGGUUGCUAAGGCCAGUCCGUUCCGGUGGCAAAGCGGAUGUGUGAGUGUUGCUAACAGGGAGAUGGCAAGUUUGGAUUCGGCGGCCGCUGGUGCCGAUAGAGGCCCCGGACCAGGCGAGAGCCGAGGCCCAGGGUCUGGGCCGGGGGAGAGCCGAGGGCCUGGUGAGGGCAAGGGUCAAGACAGUACCUUCGAGUGUAAUAUCUGUCUGGACACAGCGAAGGAUGCGGUGAUCAGUCUGUGUGGUCACUUGUUCUGCUGGCCCUGCUUGCACCAGUGGUUAGAGACCAGACCUAAUCGACAGGUUUGCCCUGUUUGCAAAGCAGGAAUUAGUCGAGACAAAGUAAUUCCCCUUUAUGGAAGAGGAAGCACAGGCCAGCAGGAUCCAAGAGAGAAAACUCCUCCAAGACCGCAAGGCCAGAGACCUGAGCCAGAGAGUAGAGGGGGUUUCCAAGGUUUUGGAUUUGGAGAUGGAGGAUUCCAGAUGUCAUUUGGGAUUGGUGCAUUUCCAUUUGGGAUUUUUGCGACAGCAUUUAACAUCAAUGAUGGCCGCCCACCUCCAGCAGUCCCUGGAACGCCACAAUAUGUGGAUGAACAGUUUCUGUCUCGCCUUUUCCUUUUUGUGGCUCUUGUGAUUAUGUUCUGGCUCCUCAUUGCUUAAGGACAAAUGGAAGUGAUUACUUUUCCGGAUCAUUGUGUGAUCUGAUGAGUCAGAUGAACUCUUCUGGGAAGUUGAAUCUUUCACUAAGGUUUUCUACCUUUCGAAUAUACAUUAAUUACAGAAAUCAUAUCUAACUGGGGCUGAAACCAUUCUUUGAAUUUACCAAUUGAAGAUGAUGAAAACAACAUGUACAUGGAUCUAGUUAGAGUGGACUAGUACUGUUUGUUUAAAAGGUUCCAAUUUCUGGAUUGUAAUUCUAAGGUAAUAUCUGUGUUUUGUGCUUGUAUGUGAAAUAUUCUGCAUGCUGACUUCAGAUUGUCUAUCCUUACUCAAAUCACUGCUGCAUUGUCACUUUGGGAAUGGAAAGAAAAUUUGUUUCUUGACUGGUAUAAUAGUCCUUGAAGUGGAGAUGUAAGCUGUGCUUGUCAGGUUUGUUAGGUAGAUUUGUCUUCAAGGCAAGAUUUAAAAUCCAAAUUCAACUCUAUUUGAGUGCAGAAUCUCAGCUGUUUGGCAGGACAGAGGUCCAGUUUUACAUUUGUCUGAAUAUAAGCAAUCCUAUGGUCCUAUUUAAAGACCAGCAAGAGUUCUGCAUUUCCUGGUCAACCAGGCUGUCAAAAUCAGAUUAAGUGGUAAUAUAUUUCCAUUGCAAUUUAUGGAAUCUUGCUGUGCUUAAAUUACAUUUUCCUACAUAACAGUUGUUUUAACUGUGACUAAUAUUUAGCUGUCAAGAGCAAUGACAUGAACUGAGGUUGGAGAUGACUGCAAGUUUCCACUCUUAAUUUUGCUGAAAGUAAAAAAGUUAGCGGUAAAGGGGUCAUCCUUCAUUUGUAGCCACUGAUAAAUUUCAGUCAGCAUAUCAAGUUAAGAUCAUUUUCUCACUCUGCCUAUCCCUAUUCAGAUCAGAAUAUUGGAGCAGAGCUUUGCAAUGGCACUCUUCCUUUAAACAGAGAUGUUCAGUUUUUGACAAUUCUUAAAAAAAUCUGCAUGAAAUAUUGACCAGAGUCUCAGCUCAUUGCAUCAAGUCAUACAGUGGAAUAGGUGUACUAGAACUUGGUCCUCCUCUAACCCUGACAUUUAGAUUGUCAUGUUCUGAAUUCACCUUCACAAUUCUCGCGCAUCUAUUGUGUAAGUUCACCUGUGACAGGCGUCUUCAUAGAGUUAGCAGACUUCUGCACAUCUGCCAUGACUACCAUUUAGGAAAGAGGUGACAGCCCAACAGAGACCUGCAGAAUUUAAGAGUUUAAAGUACAGCUGUAUUUAAAAAGAUAUUAGGGCUGGGGACACACACUGAACAUUCAGUGACCCAAGCCUUUUAUUUUCUCACUACAGUGAAAAAUUUGCUGGGACCAUCUGGGAGGAAGUGGUAAUGGAGAACUGUUUGUCAGUCAGGAGAUGAAAAUUGAAAAGCCUGGAUAAAAUGGGUUGAGGAACAAAGCUAGGCUAAUGAUGACAGACAGGAACAGAUGAUGUCAUACAGAUUGGAUGAGGAGCAGUUACAGACAAAAGACUGGAUCAGGCAGUGUCUGCACCUGUCAUUCAGCUCCUGUGAACAGUGGAAUUCCAGAAAAUUUAUAAUUCCAUUGUCUAAUAAUAUAGGGUUCAUUCUUGAACCAGGCUAAACCCAGUACUGAGGUGGAUGAUAUCAGCUGCAUACAGGCCUUCAUGCAGAAAUGUGAAAAUGUAUUUUUAAUUUAAUAUACUGUUUCCUACUUUGUAUCAAGUGUGAAAUAAAACUUGUGCAUCAACCUAA